UUGAAAACACAGCUAUCUUCGGCGAAGCUAACAGCUACAGAAACAGCGGCCGCACACAAGAUUACAGGGUUUUAAAGAGACGCGACGCGACGCCACCGAGCGGCUCUGCUCAUUUGAUUCGGGCUCAUUUUCAGUGAGAAUUCAGCGAAUUGAGCCGUAUCCUUGCAGACGUUUUCUUCUCUGACCAAACACCUCCAUGGAUCAGGACUAUGAGCGCCGACUACUGCGGCAAAUCAACAUCCAGAAUGACAAUGCCAGCCCUGUCAAAGUCACAGAUGUGAUACGUCACCUGACUCCCACCAAAUCCCCAAUGUCUUCACCCAGCAAGCAUGGGGACCGCUUUAUACCAUCACGUGCAGGAGCCAACUGGAGUAUUAACUUCCACAGAAUUAAUGAAAAUGAGAAGUCACCAAGCCAGAAUAAGAAAACCAAGGAUGCAACAUCAGACACUGGAAAAGUGGAUGGUUUGGCAUACUCUGCACUGCUGAAGAAUGAGCUGCUCGGAGCUGGCAUCGAGAAAGUUCAGGACCCUCAGACGGAAGACAGGAGGCUCCAGCCCUCAACGCCAGAGAAGAGAAGUCUCUUUAGUUAUUCUCUCAGUACCAAAAGAUCCAUGCCUGAUGAUGGCAACAACGUUUCUCCUUACUCAUUAUCCCCUGUAAGCAGCAAAAGUCAGAAGUUGCUCCGCUCACCAAGGAAACCCACUCGCAAAAUCUCCAAAAUACCUUUUAAAGUGCUUGACGCACCUGAACUACAAGAUGAUUUCUACCUCAACCUGGUGGACUGGUCGUCCUUAAACGUUCUCAGUGUUGGACUGGGCACCUGUGUCUACCUGUGGAGCGCCUGCACAAGCCAAGUAACGCGCCUGUGUGACCUGUCAGUAGAGGGAGACUCUGUAACGUCGGUUGGCUGGUCAGAAAGGGGGAAUCUCGUGGCAGUGGGCACACAUAAAGGAUUUGUACAGAUUUGGGAUGCAGCAGCUGGCAAGAAACUAUUUGCAUUAGAAGGACAUACAGCCAGAGUUGGCGCAUUAGCGUGGAAUGCAGACCAGUUGUCCUCAGGAAGCCGGGAUCGUAUGAUCCUGCAGAGGGACAUUCGGACGCCACCGCUGCAGUCAGAGCGCAGGCUGCAGGGCCACAGGCAGGAGGUGUGCGGCCUCAAAUGGAGCACAGACCAUCAGCUGCUUGCUUCCGGAGGAAACGACAACAAGCUGUUGGUGUGGAAUCACUCCAGUGUCCAGCCUGUUCAGCAGUACACGGAGCACCUGGCCGCAGUGAAGGCCAUCGCUUGGUCCCCCCACCAGCACGGCCUGCUGGCAUCCGGAGGAGGUACAGCUGACCGCUGUAUACGCUUCUGGAACACGCUCACAGCCCAGCCGCUGCAGUGUAUUGACACCGGCUCACAGGUGUGCAACCUGGCCUGGUCUAAACACACCAACGAGCUGGUUAGCACACAUGGUUACUCUCAGAACCAGAUCCUAGUGUGGAAGUACCCAUCCCUCACUCAGAUAGCCAAACUGACUGGCCACUCAUACAGAGUGCUGUACCUGGCGAUGUCGCCAGACGGCGAGGCCAUUGUGACCGGAGCGGGUGAUGAAACACUGCGUUUCUGGAAUGUAUUUAGUAAAACGCGAUCCACAAAGGAAUCAGUGUCUGUUUUAAAUCUGUUCACUAGGAUACGGUAAAAGCCAUUGCUGCUCAAAAGGAGUUCAUCGUGACAUCCUUAUGUCUGCUUCUUACGGACUGCUCAUGGACAAAGCUUUGUUUUUUCUCCUAUGGUGGACAAUGCAAUCUGAGAGGACACCUUAAAAUUUUCUUUGUAAAACUUCGGACUUCUGCACUGCUGCGCUGCAAUUGCCAUCUGCAUUUGUGUUGUCGUCGUUGUGUUUAGUUUUAUGUUUAUGUACAGUUUAGUUCAUGUUUUUUUGUUACCAUGAAGUGUCUCUAAUGAUCCAAGUAAUUAUAAUGUAAGCCUUAAGUCAGAAGAUACUGUAACCAUGUGAUCUAAGCAGGGUGUAAAGAAAUGAUUCUAAACAUUACUUAAAGCAUCUACAGAGUUAGCUAAUUUGUUAGUACAAAAACAGGACCAUUUAUUGGGAUUGAAUAAGACCAUCUUUAAAAAGUAUAUUUAAAAAAAAA